GAAGACUAUUCCUUGCACGAUUGUGAUCCAGUAGCUGAAUGUUUCAGCGAGCAACCAGGCUAUUUUCAAUGCCGUUGCCCUAAAGGUUUUGUUGAUCUUUCAAAGGAUAGUCGAUUUCCUGGUCGAAAAUGCAAAAAAAUUGUGAAUGAAUGCGCUUUGGGAACUCAUGAUUGCGAUGGAAACGCGGAUUGCAUUGAUACUCCAGAAAGUUUUUCAUGCAAAUGCAAAUCUGGCUGGUCUGAUAUUAGUGCUAAUCCGAAACUUUCACCAGGUAGAACCUGUAAACGAGCCAAUCUAUGCGCAAGUGCUAACUGUGCUGUUGAAGCUGAAUGCCACGAAACACAAUAUGGCCCAGUAUGUGAAUGCAAUUCUGGAUAUAUCGAUAUAUCAAGACAGCAUGGAUUAUCGCCUGGCCGAGUUUGUCGCAAAGUAAUUAAUGAAUGCGCAACUGGCAAGCACGAUUGCUCACCAUCGGCGUCUUGCAUAGAUACGGCAGAUUCUUUUACUUGUCGAUGUCGUGAUGGUUAUCGUGAUGAAAGUUCGGAUUCGAUUAAUCGUCCUGGUCGCACCUGUGUCAAAGCUCCAGCACCUGAUCCACCAGAAUGUGAUGUGAAUGAUCCGCUGAGUUGUGAUGCUCAUAAAAAAGAAGUUUGUCUCUUCAUCAAUGGCACAUAUAAAUGUCAGUGUGCAGCCGGACGUGAUCGUUUGCCAGAUGGACGCUGCCUUGUCAUCAAUGAGUGUAAAGAUAGCCGUCUUAAUGAUUGUUCCUUAGAUGCGGAUUGUGUUGAUCAAGCAGAAGGAUAUAUAUGUCGGUGCCGAAAUGGCUUCGCUGAUAUUUCACCGCCUGGCAAAACUGGGAGAAUAUGUCAUCGUCGAAUUAAUGAAUGUUCAAACCCAACAAAAUACAAAGUAGACUGUGAUCAGAAUGCAAUAUGUGUUGAUACCGAAGAUGGCUUUACUUGCAGAUGCCGACCUGGAUAUGCUGACAUAUCAUCUUCAUUCAGUCGCCUUCCUGGACGUCGUUGUAUUGAAGCUAUCAAUGAAUGUCUCGAUGCUAAAUUGAAUGAUUGUUCGGAAAAUGCCAUUUGUGAAGAUGCUAAAGAAGGAUAUAUAUGUACUUGCCGUACUGGUUAUGUAGAUGCUUCACUCAAUAUUACUCACUAUCCUGGUCGUGUGUGUCACAAACCUCGCGAAGAAGCUCAAAAAGAUAUAAAAGAGUCGCAAAGCCAACUGCAUCUUUGCGAUCCAAAAAAUCCAAAAUGUGGUCAAAAUGAAAUUUGCACUGAUCGUAAAGUUCGUGGACAAUUCAUUUGCGAAUGCAAUCCAAACGCCUUCCGUUUUACUGAUGGUACUUGCAGAUUGUAUUCAGCUUGUACUAGUGAUAAUAAGUGUGAUAAAAAUGCAUUAUGUUUAAAUGCAUUUGAUACGUAUAAAUGUCAGUGCAGGCCUGGAUUUAUUGAUAUGUCACCAGAUCCAGAAAAUAAGCCUGGCAGAUUAUGUAAAGAGCUCGUCAAUGAGUGUGCAACUGGUGCCCAUGAUUGUUCAUCGUAUGCAAUUUGUGAAGAUGCUACAGAUGGAUUUAUGUGUUAUUGUAAAGAAGGAUUUGUUGAUACUUCCUCCCAGUUUCAUCUUGCUCCAGGUCGUCGAUGUACAAGCAAUGAAUGCGCUGAAAGUUCAUUAAACACGUGUGAUGAAAAUGCGGAUUGUAUUGAUACAGCGGAUUCAUAUGCUUGUCAGUGUUUUGCUGGAUUCGUUGAUGUGUCAUCAAGUGCAAAUCUUCCACCUGGCCGCGUCUGCACCCUGCAGACUACAUGUCCGAAACAAAAAACAGAUUUGAUGUUUCUUAUUGAUGGUUCUGGCUCGAUCGGCUCAUAUGUCUUCAAAAAUGAGGUACUUAGAUUUAUACAAGAAUUCAUAGAGCUUUUCGAUAUUGGUUUGGACAAUACGAGAGUUGGACUUAUUCAAUAUUCAGAUCAAAUAAGGCAUGAAUUUGAUCUAAAUCAAUAUGCCGAUAAGGCGUCAGUUCAUCAAGCCAUAUCGCAAGUGCAGUAUCUCACUGGUCUAACAAGGACUGGUGCAGCGAUUCAACACAUGGUAAUGGAAGGAUUUUCACAACGACGUGGUGCUCGCAUAAAAAGCGAUAAUGUUACGCGUGUAGCAAUCGUGAUUACUGAUGGUCGUAGUCAAGACAAUGUUACGGAACCAGCUAUGGCGGCAAGAAAUUUAAGUGUAAACAUGUUUGCAAUUGGAGUAACUGACCAUGUUUUAGCAUCUGAGCUAGAAUCAAUUUCUGGAUCACCAGCACGAUGGUUUUAUGUCGAUCGUUUCAAAGAUUUAGAUACGAGACUGCGUUCGCUGAUUCAAAAAGCUGCUUGCCCAUCAUUAGGACCUAAAACUCAACUACCUUCAGGUUGCAAUCCUGUAGUGCAAACUGGCUGCAAUCGUGCUUUGAAUGAAAUUUGUGUUAAGAAUGUCAAUAACUGUCAAUGCCCUGAUGGAUUUCAUCGUCAUCCUAUAUCUCGUGUCUGUGGUGGUGAUCAGUGCAAUCCGCAACUGCCCACCUCAUGCCCUGAUCCUGAAAUCUGUACUAUUACACCAUUUUCCAACUACCGCUGUGUUUGCCCAAAAGGCUUUCUAAGGGAUCAUCGUAGUGGCAUCUGCUUAUCAAUCGAGGAACAGCAUCAACCGACUGUUCUUCCAUCACUGGAUGCCGACUGUAAAAAUGGCGGUAUUAAAUGUUCAACUAAUGAAUACUGCGUUCAGGAUUGUCAAUGUAUACUUGAUUAUGAGCGAAAUCGACGAACAGGCGAAUGUAGUGCUCCAGGUUCUUGUGAUCCAACAGUUUCAAAUCCUUGUGAUAUUAGGAAACGAGAGAAAUGUUUGUUGCAUGUCUCAGGACGAUAUCAUGCAUGCCAAUGUGAACAAAGUGAAAAACGCCAUCCUGUCACUGGCAUUUGCCUGCAAGAUGAAUGCUCAUUGGGAAUGCACGAUUGUGAUAAAACAGCACGAUGUAUAGAUACUGACGAUGGAUAUUUAUGCGCUUGUCAAGCUGGUUAUUUGGAUCAAAGUUCUGAUCAAGUUAAUAAACCUGGAAGGAAAUGUACUGCUGAGCGGAAUGAAUGUGCAGAUGGCACACAUAAAUGUUCGCCAAAUGCUAUUUGCACAGACACAGUUGAGGGAUAUGUUUGUCGAUGUAAGCCAGGAUAUGUAGACUUUUCUCCAAAUCCUCACAGUUUUGGUGGAGUUGUAUGUAAAGAAAUAAUGAAUGAAUGCUUAAACCAAGCCUUAAAUACUUGUCAUAAAGAUGCGAUUUGUAUCGACACAGUCGAUUCCUACAAAUGCAUCUGUAAAAACGGAUAUAUUGAUCUGGAUGAAUUGCGUAAUCCUGGACGGCAAUGUAAAAAAGAACAAAACAAUCGGUGUUCAGCUGGUAAUAACGAUUGUGAUAGGAAUGCGAGAUGUAUUCAACGAGGAAAGAAUGAUUACGAAUGUGCUUGCUUGGCGGGUUAUCGUGAUAAAAGUCCAAAUCCAUCAAAACCCGGACGCGUUUGUAUUCCACUUAUUCCUGAAUGUGAUAACCCAACUCUGAACGACUGCGACUCGCCAGAUCGUGCAAUAUGCACGGAUACUGAUGAAGGAUAUAUUUGCCGCUGUCGUCAAGGAUUUUUGGAUAUUUCACCAAAUAUUGCUGAGAAACCCGGAAGGCUCUUGGAAGACGAAUGUGCAAAAGGCACAGAUGAUUGUGCUCGUGAUGGCGGAAUAUGUGAAGACACUCCGGAUUCAUUCACUUGCCGAUGUGCGAUUAAUUAUCUUGAUGUUUCAUUUGACAGACAAAAGCGGCCAGGCCGUAAGUGCAAAAGACUUGUCGAUGAAUGUAGAACGGGACAAAAUGAUUGUUCACCGGAGGCGAUUUGCACUGAUACUGAAGAUUCAUAUAUCUGUGCAUGUCCGCCUGGUCAUAUUGAUGUUUCUCCAGAUACCAUUCAUUUACCAGGCAGACGCUGCCUAUUGCGAAUAAACGAAUGCAAAGAAAACAAAAAUGAUUGUUCUCCGAAUGCGGAUUGUAUCGACACUGCUGAAUCGUAUUCUUGUAAAUGUCGUGAUGAUUUUGUCGAUGAAUCGCCUGACCGAAAUCGACCGGGGAGAAUUUGUAAACCAGCGCUUGUCGAUGAAUGUCGUCUUGGUAAACACGAUUGUCACAAAAACGCAAUAUGUCAAGAUUUAUCUCAAGGAUACUCUUGCCAUUGCAAAUCGGAAUAUAUUGAUGAAAGCCCAAAUCGUGUCUCUUUGCCGGGUCGUGUUUGCGUUGCACGUCCCACUCCACCACCUGAGGAAUGUCGUGUAGAUAGCUCAUCCUCAUGCAAAGUAGAACUUAACGAGGUAUGUCGGCUUAUAAAUGGAGUCGCAAAAUGUGCAUGUCCAAUAAAUUAUAAGCGAGAUCCAUCAACAAAAUCGUGUACAGUAAUUAAUGAAUGCAAUUUCCCUCAAUUAAUUGAUUGUCAUCCAAGCGCCGAAUGCAUCGAUCAACCAAAUUCUUAUACUUGUCGAUGUUUAAAAGGCUUCAAAGACGUUUCCCCACCUAAUAAACCUGGUCGCAUAUGUCAAGCAUAUAUCAAUGAAUGCCAAUUUCCACAUUUAAAUGAUUGCCAUCAAAAUGCAGAAUGCAUUGAUAAGGAAGAUGGAUAUGAAUGUAAAUGUUAUCAAGGAUUUAAAGAUGGUUCUCCAGAUCGGCCAGGUCGUUUAUGCAAGCAGAUGAUUAAUGAAUGCGCGAAAUCAAGUUUAAACAGCUGCGAUAAAAAUGCGAAAUGCAUCGAUUUGGAUGAAGGAUAUCGCUGUGAAUGUAAGGAAAAUUUUCUUGAUGUUUCACCUUCCCCAACAUUCCGAGGUCGAGCAUGUAAGCGAAUCAUUAACGAAUGUGCUGAUUCGAAGUUAAAUGACUGUGAUAAAAUGGCGAAAUGUGUAGAUACAACAGAUUCAUAUCUGUGUCAGUGCCCUGCGAAUUCGAGAGACAUUUCCCCAAAUCCUGCUUUUUCUGGUCGAUUGUUCUUAUUCAUCACUUUAGUCGAAAACGAAUGCCUAAAUGGUAAACACGAUUGUGAUCCUAACGCUAUAUGUCGUGACAAUGAACAGUCAUUCACUUGUGAAUGCGCUCAAGGGUUCGCCGACAGAUCACCAAAUCAAUUAAAUAGACCUGGAAGAGUUUGCAUUCAGCUGGUUGAUGAAUGCGCUACUGGAAGGCAUACGUGUAGUGCACAAGCCGAAUGUCGGGAUUUGGAGGAAGGUUAUACAUGUGAAUGUAAGGACGGUUAUGUUGAUCGUUCGCCUAAUCUAAUGACUCAACCUGGUCGUGUUUGCGGUACUCCAGAGGUUUGUCCAUCAAAUCAUGAAUGUAGUUCAGCAGCUACUUGUGAGCCAUUAGGUGGAAAUGCUUAUGAAUGUACAUGCAUUCAAGGUUAUAUCGACCAGUCUCCUGAAGGCAAAAAAGGGCGAAUUUGUGUCCGAAAUAAUGCAUGUCGAGAUUCUCGAUUAAACAAUUGUUCACGAAAUGCAAUUUGUUAUGACGAACUGAAAGGAUAUCGUUGUGAAUGUACUCGGGGCUUUAUCGAUCGUUCGCCGAUACCAUCGUUAUCUGGUCGUGUGUGUGAACCACCCACACCUCCAAAGUCGCCUCCACGUCAUCCUUGUCAAGAUCCGCUGUUGAAUGACUGCCAUCCAGCUGGCACAUGUCGUGCUACGGGAAAUCAAUCUUAUACUUGUGAAUGUUUGAAAGGUUACGCCGAUAAAUCUCCAGAUAUUAGAAAUAAACCUGGUCGGCUAUGCAUUGUAAAUGAGCCGAUAUGUUUGGAUUCUAGUCAAAAUGAUUGCCAUCCAGCAGCAAUUUGUAGUGAAACAGAGAAACCAGAAAAGUACACAUGCCGUUGUCGCGAUGGGUAUAUUGAUCAGUCACCGGACAAAAUUAAUCGACCAGGUCGGAUAUGCAUUGAACAGUUAAACGAAUGUCUUGAUCGUUCACUUAACGAUUGUGAUCCACUCGCAAUUUGCCAAGAUCUGCCAGAUGGAUAUACUUGUCGUUGUCCUGUAAGCGCUGAAGAUCGUUCACCUGACCUAAAAAGACCAGGACGAAAAUGUUUCCAGCAAAUUGAUGAGUGCCGAAGUCCUGCUCUCAAUAAUUGUUCUAGAUUCGCUGAUUGUAUAGAUCGUCCGGAAGGUUACGAUUGUCGUUGUCGUGAAGGUUAUCAUGAUGAUAAUCCGACGCACCCGGGCACAGUUUGUAACUAUAUAAUAAAUGAAUGUGAAUCGACUAAUCUUAAUGAUUGUGAUCGCCAUGCAGAAUGCAUUGAUCUUGCUGGAGGAUACAAUUGUCGUUGUAAAUCACCGUAUCGUGAUGAAUCACCAGCGGGACAACCGGGUCGUAUCUGUCGGCUUAAUGAAUGUUUAGAGCCAACUAUAAACAAAUGUGAUAAGAAUGCUGUUUGCAAAGAUUUAGAUGAUGGAUAUAUAUGUCACUGCAAACUCGGUUUUUAUGAUAAUUCACCAAGUCCAUUGGAACCUGGGCGUAUUUGCAUAGCUUUCCAGCAAGAAAAUUUGAUCAAAACAAUUCCACAAGAUGCUCCACGAGUUGAUGGAAUCCCUUGUGGUAGAAAUGAAGUUUGUUUGAUUGCUCGAAAUGAAGUUUGUGUUGGAGGACUCAGAUGUAUGUGCCGACCCGGUGAAGCACGUAAUUCAGCAGCUGAUCGAUGUCAACCAGUAGAAAAGAUACCUCUAUCAAUACGAGUACUAACGAGAGAUUCAGAACCGCUGUUGUACAGUAGUGAAUAUGGAAACUCGGAUAACAUUCCUUAUGUUGAAAUAACACACCUAUUUUCCAAUGAUUUAGGUAGAACAAUUGGUAGCACGUCUUAUGCACCAAGAUAUGUUGCUACAGAUGUCAAUUACAUCACUCAUCCAAAAACAGUCAAUAGUUCUUGGCCCAAUGGCCUUUUAUUCAAUUUUACGAUCGCUUUGACACCUAGUUCUUCGACUGACCAAUGUAAUUUAUGGGAUCAGUUGAUGCAAUCAUUGCAACGAACAAAUGGAGCUAUAGGUGGUGGCGCACUCCGUGUGGCACCUGACGUUGACCAGUUAGAUCCAUGCCGCCCACCAGAAAUACGUGGAGAAAUAUGUGGACAAUCUUAUUGUAAUAUGGAACUUGGCGAGAUUUGCAUUGCUGGAUCCGUUUGUGGUUGUGCACACGGCGAAAAACGUGGAACAUUAAAUGAUCCUUGUCGAGCUGUUGAAUCAUGGAGCAUAAUUUUGUGGGUGAUUAGAAAGGAUACUGAAGUUCUUAUUUAUAAUGAAACAUUUGCUAAUCCAGUUCAUCCUCUCAACAAAGAAUAUGUUCGACGAUUCGAAAGUGGUAUAUCGCAAUGUUAUUCCCAAACUUUAUUAAAAAAUUCAUUUAUAUCUGCCGAGGUAAACGAAAUUGUUGAUCCAGUGAUUAUAAAUGCCACAUGGGACCGAGGUAUUGUAUUCAAUUCCACGGUACACUUUCGCAAAGGAACUAUACAGAUCACAUCUGAUGUCUAUUAUAUGCUCGUUCGUCACAUUAUUGAUCAAAACAAUUAUCAAAUAGGAAGAAGCAGCCUAUUUUUGAAUCCAUAUCAACCUGAUCCUUUCAGAGCAUGCUUUAAGAAUAACUGUCAUCCGAAAGGCAUUUGUAUCGACCUAGGCCCAAAUGCAUACCGAUGUGAGUGUGGAUCUGGAUAUAGAGAUCUCAGCCCAACUGAUCCAGGUCGGCGAUGCUUACCGAAUGUUGGAUAUAAUGAAUGUGAACGAAAGGAAGACAAUGAAUGUUCAGAAAAUGCUCGAUGCAUAGAUCAAAUGCACUUGUACAGAUGCGAAUGCUUACCUUCAUUUACGGAUGCUUCGCCUCCAGGUAGAAUACCUGGUAGCACUUGUGUUCUGGACUAUUGUUCUGACGUAAAUUUCUGUCCUGCAAACACAUCAUGUGUGAAUCAAGAACAACAAGCUGUUUGUCAGUGUGAUUCAGGUUUCGUCGACAUACGGAAGAGUGAGAAAAGAACUCAGUUUUAUAAAUCUGAUACUCUGUGUCUGAAAUUGCGAGAUGUUGAUGAAUGUGCUCUUGGUUUAACUAAUUGCUCAGGAGUAGCUGAAUGUAGCGAUAAAGCAUUUGGCUAUGAAUGUAACUGUCCUGAAGGAUAUAUUGAUGGCAAUCCAGAUGAGCCUGGACGUGUCUGUGGUGCACUUCUCUGUGAUUUGUGCAAUUCACAUGGAGAUUGCGUUCAUAAUUCUCUAACUAAUAAUAUUACUUGUAUUUGUAGUGAUGGAUGGACAGGAGAAUUUUGUGAUAUUGCUCCAUCUAACGCUUCAUUAAUCUUACCAAUAAUUCUCGCAAUUCUCUUUUUACUUCUUACACUAUGUUGCCUUCUUUAUUUUUGCACAAAAUGUGUUUGCUUCAAAGGACGCAGUCUGUGGUACCGAGAACCAUUUACUUAUCGUAAAGGAGGAUGGCCAUGGUCAACCCUUGGAGCUUCUACUUCAAGCGAUAGUGGUGCAGAUUUCUCCGGAAUGAGUGCAGCAGGACAUGAAUAUUAUCCAGAAAUAGGUAUUCCUCGAGCAAAGCUCAAAGGAGGAUCGAAUGAUGAUCGGCAAGCUCAGUCGGCAGUAAUCGCCUCACGUCUUAACAACUAUCUCGACGAAGGCUUGCGGAUUCCACGUGCUCAUCUUGAUAACUUCGAUUCAACAUCAGAAUCUUCAAGUGAAUAUACUAUUCGUGAAGAAAUUGAACGACGUGUUACAACUGACGUUAUGAAAACGGAGACUCGAAAAACAAUCACAACUGCGGAUGUACAUGGUACCACUGCAGAGUUUCACGUUUAUCCUCCUAUCGAGCUCUCGGCUGAAUCUCAUUCAUCAUCUCAGGUAACUAAAUCAAGUGAUUUUAAGAUGAUGAUAAGUGCUAAUACUUCGUCAUAUAUGGAUAAAGAUGAACAGGAGCGAUGUGAAAGUGUAGCUGAAUUCAGUGUUGGUAAAACUGGACAUAACCACUGGAAUAACUUACAUAUGCGAGGCCAACGAGUUUCUCAAAUCAGUGCGGAUCGUGAUUUGGAAUCGCUUUCAAGUGAUUCAGUUAUCGAAGAUGGCAAAUAUGAUAAGAAAACUUUAGUGAAAAGAUCACAUAAUUAUGAGCCAUCACCAGAUGGCGAUACUCAGCGUUUUCGUACAGAAGUUACCACAUCAACUGUAUCAAAAGAAACAUCGAAAUAUUAA